AUGGUUUUGACGGAUGCGUUUGGAACUAGCGUGGGAGGAGUGCUGUCGCAAGAGUUCGAAGGAAAAGAAUUACCGAUUGCGCUCUACGACAGAAAGCUGAGCGACACAGAACGGAGAUGGCCAGCGCGUGACCAAGAGCUGUACGCCAUCAAGUUGUGUAUAGCAAAAUGGAGACUAUACCUGCAUGGAACCAAGUUUGUUGUGUUCACGGACAAUUCAGCGUGCAAGUGGCUGAAGUCAAGACCGCAAGUGUCGGGAAGACUGGCGAGAUGGCUAGACUUCUUUGCAGAGUACGACUUUGAGUUGAUUCAUCGACCUGGCAAGGAGAAUGUAGUCGCAGAUGCCUUGUUGAGACAAGAAAUCAAUUUGGCAUACAUCCAGAUGGAAAAGUUCAAAAACACACUCAACUCGGUGUCGAGGAGAGACAUGAGCUUGAUAUAUGGAAUACAGAACCUACCAAAGUAUGAAGGAUACGAAGAAAACAAAGGAGAGAAGAGAAUGGUGUUCGAGGCAAACAACCUUCACACAGAGCUGGAGAAGAGCACGAGAGAGAAGUUUAAGCGAGCAUACAAGGAGUACGAGUUCUAA